CACAGCACGCACAAGAUGUCCUUCCAUCUGCAAGGAUAAAGGAGGCCUGUCUCGCGUUCCAAACAUCGAAAAACCGUCAACUUUCCAUAAUGUUUCGAGUACUGUACGUGCGAAAAAUUCGUCGGAAAGUUGAACGGCAGCAUCAAGUCUAGUGCGUUAGUGUGGCACCAACUUGGUCGUGUUUUUCAAGCGUUGCUACACACGAUCUGUUUUCUACCCACUUUGCCGGUGGCCACCGGGUGAGAUCUGUUUUUUCUUCCACCGUGACCGUACCAUACGAGGUGCCCUUCACAGGAGGCUACUAGUGUGUGUUAACAAAGGUUGCUGCGUUGGUAGUGUGGGGUACGGCGAGAAGGUGGUGUUCCUUCGAUCAGGUCCCUGGUUGAAGACCGGGAACGCCAAGAAGUAAAGGGACGUAUCGCGAGAACGAAGAUGGGUGAUAUACGCGACUGGAGACCGUUUGUGUACGGCGGCAUGGCAUCGAUAAUGGCCGAAUUCGGAACGUUUCCCAUCGAUACAACUAAAACACGUUUACAAAUUCAAGGCCAAAAGACUGAUCGAUCACACAGCGAGCUGCGGUACCGCGGUAUGACGGAUGCGUUCGUGAAAAUUUCCCGCCAAGAAGGUGUAAAGGCUCUUUACUCCGGCAUAUGGCCAGCAGUGUUACGGCAAGCAACAUACGGUACAAUCAAAUUCGGCACGUACUACACGCUCAAGAAGGUAGCGACCGAUCGGGGUCUGCUGCACGACAAGGCGGGCAAUGAGAACCUCUGGUGUAAUGCUGCCUGCGCAACGAUGGCCGGAGCAAUUUCGAGUGCGAUCGCUAAUCCGACGGACGUGCUAAAGGUGCGAAUGCAGGUACACGGCCGUGGCACCAGCGAUGUGGGGCUGGUACGAUGCUUCCGGGAAAUUUACGUGCACGAAGGUGUGCGUGGACUGUGGCGGGGCGUUGGUCCAACGGCACAGCGUGCCGCAGUGAUAGCGGCCGUCGAGCUACCGGUGUACGAUUUCUGUAAGCUGCAUCUGAUGGAAACGUUCGGCGAUCAGGUUGCAAAUCAUUUCAUAUCUAGUUUUAUAGCGAGCUUAGGAAGUGCGAUUGCUUCAACUCCAAUCGAUGUGAUAAGAACUCGUCUCAUGAAUCAACGGCGGGUGCACCAGCUACAACAUAGCAUGACACCGGCAACAACUACCACCACAACCACGGCCGCACCACGGCUGUAUUAUACCGGUAGCCUCGACUGUGCGGUACAAACAGUAAGAAACGAAGGAUUCCGUGCACUGUACAAAGGUUUUAUCCCGACCUGGGUGCGUAUGGGCCCGUGGAACAUCAUUUUCUUCAUCACCUACGAACAGCUGAAGCAGUUUUACUAAACACGAAGAAGCUUAGAAGAAGAAGAAGAAGCAGAAGGAAAAACUCCAAAGAACCAACCUUCCAACCUAUUGCUCUGUUCUCGCAUUGUUUGUAGGAUGAAUGAUAUUACACGCUUCUCGCUUUUUUGUCCCAAAACCAAAGUAUAAACUAUUGCAUGCAAAAAAAGAUCUUUACUUGUAAUUUCCAUCGAAAGGACAAUGGAUCAGCUAGAAUGCAUUUAAGGAAGAUUAGGUUUUGUGUGUAUGUUAAGGAAAUUGUUCCGUUUUGUUUUCAUUGUCCCGACUCAAACAAAGGAAACAAUUUAAAUUUUAGAGAACAAAAAAAAUAGCCCCAACAUUAACGCACGUGUCAAACACAUGCACUGUUUCGGUUGUUGUGGCGGUGCAAAAUUAGAAUUAUCAAAACAAACAAUACUUCCACUUCCCGUUGCCCGAACCGCGCGGCCAUCGAUAGCGCAAUCGAAUACUUUGGUAAACUGAAAAGAAUCAAACCAUUCGAUCCUGUGGCCAAUGGAAAGGAGAUUAGCAUAUAUCGUUUAAUUUCGGUAUAAGAUAACCCUACCCCUCCCCUGUGUUAUCGCUGUUCGUAAUGUACCGUUUGCAUUUGUUGUUGUUACAGAUAGGGCGGGGGAAGCAACAGCUUAGUUUUGGCCGGAUGCGGUAAAUGUAACAUACAUGCGGUACGCACACUACAACAAAUCAUUGUUCUUGAUAAUAAAUGAGAAUU